CGCAGCUGCUGAUAAACUCAGAGGCAGCAGAGACAUUUGAUUGUCUGACUCGGUGGGGAAGAGUCGCUCACAGUUUGCGAAGAAACUGCUCAGUCCUGCUUCAGAAUGAAAAAGGGAUUCAUGCUGUUUGCUGUGGCUUGCGCCAUAGCUGUAGCUUUUGCAGCAGAUCAAGAUGAACAGAAGAAAGGCAAACCAGCUGCCACCGUUUCUCCCCCUGGGAAAUUUGGAGUGUCCCCUACCCCAUCAGUCCAACCCAACACAACAACCACCGCUCCUAACACCACCACAACCACACACGCUCCUAACACCACCACCACUACACACGCUCCUAACACCACCACCACUACACACGCUCCUAACACCACCACCACUACACACGCUCCUAACACCACCACCACCACACAUGCUCCUAACACCACCACCACCACACAUGCUCCUAACACCACCACCACCACACAUGCUCCUAACACCACCACCACCACACAUGCUCCUAACACCACCACCACCACACAUGCUCCUAACACCACCACUACCACACAUGCUCCUAACACCACCACCACGGUCCAUACUACGACGGCCAAUCACACUGUGGGUCCCAACACGACCACUGCCACACCACCCCCUCCCCAGCCCACUCCCAAGGCCAAUGUGACGACGGGCAACUACACCCUGAAGGAUAAGGACGGGAAGUCGUGUGUGCUCAUCCAGAUGGGGCUGCAGAUCAGGGUGCAGUUCGCCACCAAAAACAACAAGUCUGAGGGAACCUUCAUCGUACAGCCAUUGAAGACCACUGUAACUGGGACCUGCGACGCUUCUAAGGCAAACUUCAAUCUCACCUUCCCUGAGGGAUUCGUUGCCCUCCAGUUUCAGAAGAAUGCCACCCAGAAAGCAGUCUAUGUCACCUCUGUUGCUGUGGAAGUGACCUACCCUUUUGACCAAGCAGUGGAUCCCACAGCCAAGUACUCGGCCAAGAACGAGUCUCUGGAGCUCUUCCGCGCAGGCAUUGGCCACUCCUACUCCUGCAGGAGCCAAGUGGUGAACAUGGGACAAGUGAUCACUCUGAGUGUGACCCAAAACAGGAUGCAGGCUUUCAACAUCACCAAUGACAACUACGGCCUCCCUGAUCCCUGCCCCGCCGACAAGCCGGACUACCGCGUGGCCAUCGCUGUGGGCAUCGUCCUCCUCGUCCUCAUCUGCAUCGUCGUCCUGGCUUACCUUGUCGGCAGGAGGAGACGGACGGACGGAUACCAGUCCCUCUGAGCAAGCAAGUCUGCAGGAUUUUAGGGGGGGGGGGGGCCUUUGCCGCGCUGCACAAGCUACUCUCCUCGCCCUCCUUUCACGUCCCAACCCCAAGACAUCCCACGCCACUCUCACACCCGCUGCAUAAACCAAGGACGAUUAAUCCAUUCGUCCCCUCCAACCUCUUGCAGUCAAGUAGGGGGGGCAUUUUCGGUCCAGGGGGUCCUGUGGACCCUGCAGGUUUUACAGGUGUACCUUUGUAUACACAGUAUGCUUUUUUUAUACAUUAAAAGAGCUAGGUGAGCAGGGGGUGAAACUGGGGAAAUUGCAUGGCCCUCAAGGACCAAAAAUGCCCACCCUCUCCGCCUCAAAACCCUGUGCUCCACCAAUGUGU